AUGAGCAAACCACUCCCACGGAAUCGUAAAAACCCAGGGCUGGGAAGGGCUCUAAUUAAUAACCAGCGUAAAGAACCUCCUAAGGAUACGCAGAUGCACACCACUGACUACGGCGUUUCUUCCAUCACGCAGGAGAAAGAUUUGGAUGAGUUUCUUAACACGGCCGCUAUGGCUGAGACUGAGUUUACGGCUGAGAAAAAUAAGAAUGUUACAGUUAUCCAGCACCCUUCAGUCGCUGGCCACGCCAAUCCCUUCCUCCUCUCCCACGAAGAAGAAGUUCAAGUUAAAAAGAAACAUGAUUUGAACAGAGAUCAGUUGAAGCUCCCACAGCGACCAGAGUGGUCUACCAGUACUACCCCCGCACAGCUUGACAAAUCCGAGAGAGAAUCCUUUUUGAACUGGCGCAGAGAUCUUGCUCUGCUUAUUGAGAGCGAUGACAGCCUCCUCCUCACUCCCUACGAGCGCAAUCUCAACGUCUGGCGUCAACUUUGGCGUGUCAUUGAGCGUUCUCAGCUGGUUGUUCAGAUUGUCGACGGUCGUAACCCACAGAUGUUCUGGGCGAGGGAUUUAGACCCGUACACACGCAAAAUGGGUGCAAAAGAGGUACAUUGGCGUACUGAAGGCACUAUGCAGGGCGAGGGGAAGCGCUCACUCGUUCUCAUCAAUAAGGCUGACUUGCUGGACGUUGAGCAACGCCAAAGAUGGGCUGACUAUUUCGACGCUCAAGGGAUACGCUACGCCUUCUUUUCCGCCCUUAAUGCCUCGGAACUCAUCGAGCAGCUCCGUGUGGUUAGACAAGUCCGCGAUGAAAUCCUCAACGCUGAUGAGGUCGCUGAAGUAGCUGAAGAGCAGGAGCAGCAGAGGAAACAGCUUGAGGUGCAGGAUAUAGUGGAGUCUGCGGGGUUGGAUGGGUUAAAGGGGGAGGAGCAGAAACACCCACACUCACAGGAUCACUCACACCCACCACACCACCCUCCCAUCGAAUCCGCAGAAGGUUACGUCUCCCAUGCACGUGGUCUGCCAGUUAAUGUCGACGAGGCCAUCAACGCCGUCGAGAAGCUGAAGACGGGUGAAGAAGUUGGUGACCAAGGUGACGGCAAGGCACACAAUCAAGACACAGUAGCAGCCGAAUCCACAACUCCAGCACCACCACCUUCUCAACAAAGCGAGCAACGCCGCACGCGAGUGCUCAAUAUAGUCGAACUCGAGCAGUUAUUCAUCGACGAAGCGCCCGACCUAUCCUAUCUCCCCGCCGGGCACAAGCUGACAGUGGGUUUAGUUGGGUAUCCGAAUGUCGGUAAAUCCUCAACGCUCAAUGCGUUAUUGGGAGCUCAUCGUGUGAGUGUGUCCAGUACACCAGGUAAGACGAAGCACCUGCAGACGCACUUACUCGGUAAAUCGCUUGUGUUAUGUGAUUGUCCAGGAUUGGUAUUCCCGCAAUUUGCUAGCACGCGUGCUGAGCUGGUAUGCGAUGGUGUGUUGCCUAUUGACGAUAUGCGCGACUGGCGCGCACCGCUCGAGUUAGUCGCGCGCCGCGUUCCCCAGAGCGUGCUUGAGGGGUUGUAUGGUAUCAAGAUCGAUACGCGUGCGGUGGAAGAUGGAGGUGAUGGCGUGCCUACUGCUGAAGAACUAGCAACGGCAUUCGCAGUCGCUCGCGGUUUCACUCGCCAGGGCAGCUCAGGUGGAAAUCCAGACGAGCAGCGCGCGGCGCGUAUCAUACUGAAGGACUACAUCAACGCCAAACUCGUUUUCUGCCAUCCCCCACCGGGCGUAAGUGCGGAUGAGUUCAACGCAGCCAUGCGCAGACGCUUGCAAGCCCGUGCGAGAGCACUCGGUCGUCGUCUCAUCGGCUCUGAGCAAGGCAAGGUGCAGUCGAUGAAGGGCGCCAGUCACGCUCGCUCCCUCGAUCACACCUUCUUUCAGAAAAACCCGGCGAAACUCACCCCUACCCUCGCAGGCAAAGCUGCAGAGCAGCACGGGGAUUUCUCACGCGUUAAUAUGUAUCCUCAUCAAGGCAUCGUCGCUGAUGACGGUACCCUCCUUAAAGGCAGGAAAGCUAAACAGGCCAUGGCGGAUGCAGGUAUUGAUGUCGCCAGCAGUAAGAAACAUUUCAAGGGUGGUAAGCGCGUCAAGAAGAGAUCUGGAGCGGGGUAUGACUAG